CCAUCUCUUCCAGGUCCCCUAAAAGGGUCGACAGCUACUGGUCGCACGCUUCACUGACAGCUUGCCUUUGGGUCUUUACACCGAGGCUGUAACUGGAAAUGUGUCCAUCAGGCCCGACUCACGCGCAAAGCUAGGCAUGUUCCGAACGGUUUCUUCCGAGGUUGGGACAAGGAAGGAAGGUUUUCCUGCCAACCUCACGGUGGAACACCCAGAGGACGAGCGGAGAGAUAGAAUGCAAACACGAGGACCACGAAUAAGCUCAAUGCUCAGAGGUCCGCGGGUUAUUGGCGCCAAAACAACCAUCAGAGUCCGUCCCCUACCGGAACUAUACGACACGUAAGACGCGUAACCGAUAAUCCUCCGCCGUACUAAAUAGCCCCUCCCGGGAUGCGUCCAAUACACACUUUUCCAGCUAAAGAUGCCCUCAAUAGAUAGGACAUGAGCCUCGGAGUACACUGUCUCCCCGUUCGAAGGGAAAUGUGCAUUCUCUAAUCAAUCUCCCACUACAGGUUCCUCCGCCAACGACCUACUCACUGCGUCUUCACUUCCGGGUCCGCCAUUUUGUUGCCUCCAUUUCUCCACGAGGGGGGGUAAAGGCCCCCAAAAUAUGCAUAUAUAUGAAAAGGCCAAAAAGUAACCGUCAUUGACAGGGAGUCUUAACUAGAGAAAGAAACGAGACCAAACUGGCGGGCUCGGUGGAAGCGAAGCCGGCAGCGUCCCGGACGAGGAGGCUUUUCUCUAGUGUCUGUCUGCCUCUUUCUCGGCAUCCAUUGGAAAGGACAUUCUAUGGCGUCUCUUCAGCAAUUUAACAUUUUGACCAUCUGGGACCAUAUCUUCACGAUGUCUUUGGUGGACUUGGGGAAGAGGUUACUAGAAGCAGCAAGAAAAGGCCAAGAUGAUGAAGUAAGAACAUUGAUGGCAAACGGUGCCCCAUUCACCACAGACUGGCUUGGAACAUCGCCCCUCCACCUUGCAGCCCAGUAUGGUCAUUAUUCCACAGCAGAAGUGCUCCUUCGAGCAGGCGUUAGCAGGGAUGCCAGGACCAAAGUGGACAGAACUCCUUUACAUAUGGCUGCAGCUGAUGGACAUGCACACAUCGUGGAACUGCUUGUUAGGAAUGGUGCAGAUGUGAAUGCCAAGGACAUGCUGAAGAUGACAGCUUUACAUUGGGCUACAGAGCACCACCAUCGAGAUGUUGUAGAGCUACUUAUCAAAUACGGAGCUGAUGUCCAUGCUUUCAGCAAAUUUGAUAAAUCUCCCUUUGACAUAGCCCUGGAGAAAAACAAUGCUGAGAUUUUGGUUAUCCUCCAGGAAGCAAUGCAGAGUCAGGUGAAUGCUCAUCCAGAGAGAGCCAAUCCUGUGACUAACCCUGUGACUAUGGCUGCUCCGUUCAUCUUCACCUCGGGAGAGGUUGUUAACCUCGCUAGCCUUGUUUCUUCAACCAACACCAAAACAACCUCAGUUAACUCAGAGGAAAUCAUAGAGGGAAAUUCUGUUGAUUCAUCAAUCCAGCAAGUGGUGGGGAGUGGAGGCCAGAGGGUCAUCACUAUAGUGACUGAUGGCGUUCCUCUGGGUAAUAUCCAAACUGCAAUCCCUACUGGAGGCAUUGGCCAGCCAUUUAUUGUAACUAUGCAAAAUGGACAACAAGUUCUAACUGUACCUGCUGGUCAGGUUGCAGAGGAGACUAUAAUUGAAGAGGAAGAGGAAGAAGAAGCAGAGAAGUUGCUACUGACAAAGAAACCAAGGAUGGAAGAGAUGACAAACAGUGUGGAGGAAAGCAAGGAAGGCAGUGAAAGAGAGCUACUACAGCAGCAACUCCAGGAGGCCAAUCGAAGAGCCCAGGAAUACCGACACCAGCUCCUGAAGAAAGAGCAAGAGGCAGAACAGUACCGCCUUAAGUUGGAGGCGAUGGCCCGACAGCAACCCAAUGGAGUUGAUUUCACCAUGGUUGAAGAUGUAGCUGAGGUGGAUGCUGUAGUAGUGACAGAAGGAGAGGUAGAAGAAAGAGAAACAGAAGUGACUAGGUCAGGAGGGACCACAGAGUGUCAUACUGGAGUUUCCAUAGAAACUGUUUCAUCUUAACAUGCAAAGGCCACAACUUGCACUUUGUGCAUCUUACUCCUUUUAAGAAGAAAAUUCAGAGGGCAAAUAUUAUAUAAAAAUUAAGAAUGUUGGGCUAGAGG